GGGAGAUUUUAUCUCCUGGUUCUUGGUUGCUUUAUGCAGCGCGUGCGUUUGUCAUCGCUUGGGUGUACUGCACUAAAUGAAGACAGUAGCUGCGAUCUAAACCACGCUGCAGGAGAAACACCACCAUGGUGGACCAUGGUAGCAUCUACUCCUGGUUUGCCCACCCUGUGUAUGGCCACUACUGGCAGCAUUACCAGCAGGCUAUGAACUGGCACCAGAGACACAGGCAGGCCUACAGAAAGGCCUGGGAGGCUGCCUAUGGGCCAGGUUACCCCCAACAGUACCCCACUGCCCCCCAACGCUAUGCAGACUGGCAUGGGGGAGAGAGUGGGGGGAGGAGGGCAGAGGAGACGGUCGCUGCUAAGGACCAUGAGGAAGAGGAUUUGGAGGGGGGCACAGAUGACGAGGAGGGGGACGGGGAAAGUGGCUCGGACAGCGAGAUCGAAUGUGAUGUCAGCAACAUGGAGAUCACAGAGGAGCUGCGCCAGUAUUUUGCCCAGACUGAGCGGCACAAGGAGGAACUCAAGAAGCAGCAGCAGCUGGAGGCGGAGCAGCAGGAUAGUUACGUGUUGGCCGACCAAGACAUGCACAGAAUAUCCUGGCACGGCAGGUCGCUGCCCCCCUCUGAGCGGCCGGGCGAGCGCCGAGGUGCUGAGAUGAAGAAGCUGUACGGGGAAGACGCGGCAAAGAUCCAGGGCAUGGAGACGGCCAUGCAGCUCACCUUCGACAGAAACUGUGACAAGAAACAGCCCAAAUACUGGCCCGUCAUCCCUCUAAAACUGUAGCUCCACUACGGACAUCUAUCUUCUUCCAAUGGAGCUCCCCCACACACUGCUCCAGUCUAGACAACCCCCUGAAACAUAGAGCUGAGAAACUGGGUCAUGUUCAUUAAGGAGGAAACUGAUUGAAAUGGAGAGGUACUACCUGCAACCUGAUCACAAGUGCCUUAACAUUCCCCUCCUCUCACCAUAACAUCUUAUGUCAACCAACAUUUUUGGGGGAAUUUUGUUUCUGUCAUUCUUAGCCAGUUAUUUCUGUUCUUCUGGUUUCACAAUGAAAUUACAGAAUCAUAAGAUGCAGGCAGAAGAAGAGGACAAGUAUACACAAUUUGCAUAAAUGUUAAAGCUCUCCCAGCAAAUUUAGUUUUCAGACUCAAAAGUUAAUCUCUUUUUCAGGCCACCUGUCAACGAGCAUGGUUUCAUAUCCAGGUAGCCUUCACUCUAUGAUCCUCUUAUUGUUGUCGAGGUAGUUUUUUAUUCUUUUUAUUUUGGGGGAUUUCUUUCCUAGUUAAUUCAACCCUAAAUGAAGAAAGAUUGCUGCUAAUUUGGUUUCACUAGAUCGUUUUGAUUUCAUCGUCUUCAGACACUGCUUAAUAGCCUCCGACUCAAUGUUUGUCUGCUUCUUUCUCAACAUUCAGAUGGGUUGUAUCUGCCUCAGCGUGCUCAGGUAGAACAAUGUGUUGGUGACUUCCCGUGUGUCUGUUUCAUAUCAAAAUCGUAAGCUUGUUGAUAUAGUUUUGAAUAAAGAAUGUUUAUGAUGAAUUGAAACUCUAAAUACGUUAUCAGAUUUG